GUUGAAUCCGGUGAAACUGUGCUCCGCUGCUCUAGGCUUGCUGGGAUUGUUGUGUCGUGGUUUGAGGAUGGGGUUGUGUUACCUAAUGGGAUGCUGGGUGAACCCUCACAUCAUAUCAAGAUCCAGUUUUGUUCAAGGGUUAGACACAGAUUACAGCUGCUACUUUGAGAAGCUGAUGUGAUGCCAGGUGAUGCUUGGAGUGGGUGCAGCGAGAAAGCAUCAUUAGCCAGAUCUAUUUGUGUGUGAAUCUUAGUGGAAAAUGGUCCCAUCAUGCCAGAUGUGUCUCCUGGGAGCUCUGGGGCCAGAGUAGGACAGCAGCCAGCAGGGUUAGAGUUUAACCAAGCUCAUUCAGCUCUGUACAGCAAACUGUACACAGUUUGGCUGCUUGUGUCAUAUAUUUCUAAAUAGAUUUUAGUAAAUUAGUCUCAAUACGACACAAAGCAAUACAUUUUUUUUAACACUGUCACUACUGUUGAUCAACAAUGCAUGCAGCGUUGCAACAUGACCUUCAUCUACAUUAGAGUGCAUAGUUUAUUUGAUUUGACAUGGCACAUGGAUAAGAUGCUUUUACACUGUAUUAUAAUAAACCAAAUCAGUACCAGAAGUAGACUCAGAAUAGGAUCUGUUGCUAAGUAGCCAGGGUUUUCACUUAUAUUUUAAUUUCAUCUUUGAUUCAUGUAUCAUCAUUGUUCCUCCAGCAUGCUGUGAUUUAAAGGUAAAUGACAAAGUCAUUUGAUACGUCUUUCUUUAACAUAUCAUUUUAUGGUGGUCUAAUAAUCUAUAUUUAUAUUUUACAUUUAAAUAGAAAUGAUAGGGGUUCUAGAUCAUAAACCUGCUUUGUGUGGUGUUGACAUGAAAAGUGGCCACACGGCUGGUGUUUCUGUUCAUCUUUUCCCCCCAUGCCCUUAUAAAUGCAUAAUCGUAAACGUGUUCUGUAUGUAGCCUACUUAGAGUUGGAAUACUUUCCGAGCCUCAGUAUAAAAACAAAUCUUCUGAUACAAAUGAUAGGCUUACAUAAAUUAAUGAUAAGAAAUAGACAGAGAGCCAGCAGGCAGGCAGCUGGGACAAGGGUCAAACCCAGAGAGCAGCAACAGAAGCAACGGAUGAGCAGCAGAAGGUUAUGUAUGUGUUUGUGCUGUGUGGGAGUGUGUCUAUCCACUGCGUGUGUGUUGUGUGUGUUGCGUGUGCGUGUGUGUGCGUGUGUGGGAAGGGGAGGGCCAAGCGAGAACUGCUGAAAAUGCUCUCAGUGUUUCUGUCCUUCUGCAUUUGUUGAAGGGAUUUUAAAGACACAGAUGAAACUGGUGAGAUCGAAUGGAUGUUUUAGCGACAGACUGUCUUCCUUAAACUUUGACAUUAGUAACUGUGGAAACAUUACAUGACAUUGGAUUAACGUGAAAGGACGAUAUUGGCUGAUAAGAAAGCUCAUCUUGUGGUGAAGUGCCGUCAGAUGUUGGAGUUCUUGAAGAUUCGCUUUAUGAUAUUCUAACAGUCUUAACUGUACCACAUUUUGUAAUGAACAACUGUAAAGGAUGAAACACAGUCUCUAAUCGCAGCUAUGUCAGCUUUGUGGAUUUUAACUUAAAAGCUGUGUGUUUUGGUCAUCAACAUGUCAUAUAUGAGUGGACAUGUGAGCACCGAGACGACUGUUAUCAUGACUCCUAACAGCAUGGACACCAACGAGCUGACAACCCAAAGUGAUGUGAAGCCUCGGGUGAUGGGUGUGACCCUGAGCAUCGCCUCUUGCCUCAUCACCUCCACCAACCUGCUGGUGGCAGCCGCUCUACUUAAGCUACUCCUCAGGAAGAGAAGCCAGAGCUGGUGCUUUGUUCUCAACUUGGCGCUAGCUGAUGCCCUGGUGGGUGUGGCCAUCACUGGCCUGGCCACAGAGAACUUUAAUUUUAACAGUGACAGCAACAUUAUCACUCCAAACCAGCACAACCAGAUCAAUAACGAUGCGCCCACAAACACCACGCCUCCUGCUCAGGGCAAGACCCGGUGUUUGAUGCGGAUGGCCUUCGUGACAUCACCCUGCACAGCAUCUAUAAUGUCCAUGUUCCUGAUCUCACUUGACCGCUACGCAGCCAUCAAGAUGCCCCUGCGGUACUCCCAGCUGUCUGGGAAGGGAACAGCAGUUGGGUCCCUGCUGGCUCUGUGGAUCAGCUCCCUCACAAUGGGAUUUUUGCCAGUCAUGGUGCGGCAGCUGCAGGCGGAAGGAUACGGCGGCUUCUGUGCCUUUUUCUCUGUCAUUCACCAGGUGGGCAUGAUCGUGUUAUUUAGCGCGUGCUUCUUUCCGUUGCUCUCUGUAUUCCUUUACAUCUACCUGGACAUACUGAAGAUUGCCUGCAGCCAUCAGAAGCAGAUAUGUCAAGUUAGGCAAGCUGGUUCCAGGACGGCUGACCAUCAUUGCCAUCAACAUUGUGAGGAUCAUCAGCAGCAUCAGCAUCUGAGGAGCCAUUAUUGGAGCCACGUCAAGGCCCUGAGGACAGUGGGGGUGCUUGUGGGCUGCUUCUUGGUCCUCUGGUGUCCCUUCUUUGUUGCAUGCAUAGUGCACCUUCUGUGUGAAAGCUGCAAACUCACUGCCGUGUUAGAGAAUUAUUUGUGGCUGUUGGGACUAUCCAACUCCCUGAUCAACCCCCUAGUGUACGCCUUUUGGCAAAGGGAGGUGCGGCUGCAAUUAGCAGCCAUGUUCUCCUGCUUUAUAAGCAGGUUGUUGGCCGCUAGACCACCAGGUGUCACAGAAAGUUGUGACCCGCAGCCACCUGUGCUGACUCAAGCUGAUGCAUCUGGUGGAAAUACUCUCAACCCUUUGCUGUUGCAACCUAUUAUCGGCAACGACAAGGCUUACGUUGUGCCACUAUCUGCCACGACCAGCUUGUGA